UUGUUUUAUUAUUACUAGUACUAGUAGUUUAUACCCUUUACUCCCAAAAACCUAAAACCCUAAACCCUUGCCGUCGUCAAUUUCCGGUGGUUCUUCGACGGCGGAGCUCCACCGUAAUCUCAACUAAUUUAUUUUCCCUUCACAUAGCUUCGGAGGAAAUUUUCAAGAGCGAAGAUGGUGGUGAAGGUGGACAAUACGGAGAGUAUUCCUGCUACAGAUGAGGUCAUUUCUGAAGAGAUGGAUAUGAAGAAAAAGAAAUACCUUAGAGGCGAAGGAGCGAAUUUGAAGGAUUUGAAAGAUAAAAAAUUACAGGGUCAGCUUGUUGUGCAAGAAGAGUUAUUUGGAAAAUCUGCAGCAGCUGCUGCGAAGGCUGAGAAGUGGCUUAUGCCAAGUGAGGGUGGUUAUCUAGAGGGUGAUGGUAUUGAGAAGACAUGGAGAAUAAAGCAGGACGCAAUUGCCAGUGAAGUUGACAUUUUGAGCUCUAGGAAACAAUUUGAUAUUGUCUUACCAGAUUUUGGUCCUUACACUCUUGAAUUCACCCCUAGCGGUCGCUACAUGGCUGCAGCUGGACGCAAGGGUCACAUUGCUAUUGUAGAUAUGAAAAACAUGAGCGCCAUUAAAGAACUACAGGUCAGGGAAACAGUGCGUGAUGUAGUAUUCUUGCAUAAUGAACUGUUUUUCGCUGCUGCUCAGAAGAAGUACCCAUAUAUAUACAAUAGAGAAGGCACGGAGCUCCACUGCAUGAAGGAACAUGGUGCUGUGCUAAAGCUUCAGUUUUUAAGGAAUCACUUCCUUUUGGCUUCUAUAAACAAAUUUGGUCAGCUGCAUUAUCAGGAUGUUACCACUGGACAGAUGGUAGCUAAUGUUCGAACUGGCUUGGGACGUACUGAUGUCAUGCAAGUAAAUCCCUUUAAUGGUGUGGUUGCUGUGGGCCAUUCUGGUGGCACAGUCAGUAUGUGGAAGCCUACAAGUGCUGCACCACUUGUGAAGAUGCUUUGUCAUCCUGGACCAGUCACGGCUCUGGCAUUCCAUCCUAAUGGACAUCUAAUGGCAACUGCUGGUAUGGAGAGGAAAAUAAAGAUUUGGGAUUUGAGAAAGUUUGAGGUUCUACAAACAUUAACAGGUCACUGCAAGUCCUUGGAUUUUAGUCAAAAAGGUUUACUUGCUACUGCAACCGGAUCUUUUGUACAAGUUUAUGGAGAUCUUUCUGGAUCCCAGAAUUAUAGCCGUUAUAUGACCCACUCUGUUGCAAAAGGAUACCAAGUAAAGAAGGUGACAUUCAGACCAUACGAAGAUGUUCUAGGCAUAGGACACUCAAUGGGUUGGUCUUCUAUCUUAAUUCCAGGAUCUGGAGAACCCAACUUUGAUUCUUGGGUGGCAAAUCCAUUUGAAACAUCUAAACAAAGACGAGAGAAGGAAAUCCGCUCUCUUCUUGAUAAACUCCCUCCAGAGACUAUCAUGUUGGAUCCAACAAAGAUUGGUUCAGUGCGACCAGAAAGGAAGAAGGAAAAGCCAUCAAAGGAGGAUAGAGAAGCAGAAAUGGAAGCUGCUAUCGAGGAAGCUAAAAAUAUUCAUAUGAAGAAGAAAACAAAAGGUAGAAGCAAGCCAAGUAAGAUUGCAAAGAAGAAGCAAGAAGCUGUUGAAAAAGCUAAGAAACCUUUCUUGGAGCAACACACGAAUAAGAGGAAACCCACCGAGGAAACUCAGCUUCCAAAAUCUUUAGAACGUUUCGUUAGAAAGAAGGCAGCAGCAGCAUGAUCAGUUUUGUUCACUGGACUGUUCUUUCUUACCCUUUCCUUGCAUUUGCAUUUGAUUCUUUUUUUGGCUCUUAUCACUUCCCUUGAGGGAAUUGCUUAUAGAAAUUGAAGAAGCAAGUGUUGUAAUUCUUCAGAUCAAGUUUUCCCCUUUUCUCGUCGUUUACAUUGUUUUACUGUUAAGGUUAAAAGUUUAGGCAUUCUUGUUUUAACAUGAAGGUUUCCAGCUUGAAGUACAGGCCAAUGUAAAAUCUACAAAGUAGACAAUGUAUGAAUCAAUUUAUCCUAGCCAUGGUUUACUUU